GGGAAACGGACGACGAGGGGAUCGCGCUUGGCGGAGAAGCGAACAACGUCCCGAAGUCGGCCUACAGUGUGUACGGGCGGAGCGACGCCGGUCAGCGUUCACUUUUCUACGGAGGUGCAGGAGGAGGCAGCUCUUGCAGUAGUGCCAGGUCCUACAGCAGUUGUAGUGCUGCGACAGAAACUACACAGGUAAGACCCUAUUUCGGAAGCGGCGCUUCAGGUGCAGCUGGUCAGAGACCCAAUAUGAUCCCACCAGACCGAGAGUUGCAAAAGCUGCGGCCCCUCGACCGAUUCGGCAGACCCAUUCCGCCGGACAUCGCAUGGCGAUAUCUACCGAACCCGAAAGUUGAGCACCCAGAAUACCUUCUCGAAAUCUACAACCACCCUGAGCGCUACGAGCUCUUCGCCUUCCACGGGUAUGCGCAGCUACGCUGUGUGCUCUGCAUGGAAUACAUGCCCCAGCCGCCGACGAAAAUCACGCACGCACAUACGCCGGACGGUAAAAAGCAUAAGGACGCGGUCUACCGGGCGGGCGACGCUGUAAAAAAGUACCGGAUGCAAGUCAUGACGGAACAGGAGAUUGCAGAAAGCGUCCGGAAUUGCGAAGGGAUGCCCAGGCCGCUUCCGGAGCUGGUGGAAGGAGUUAAUGUUCCUGUCGGGUAUUCGCAAGCCGGGAAUUAUCCAAUACGGCGCCGAGGCGACGCUCCGCCCUUUUCCAACAGUAGUAUUACCGGCGGACAGAGCAUGGCCACCAGUAGGUCUGUUGGUGGCCCACAGCUGCUGUGCCGUCCGGCGCCAGCGUCAGUCGUACCGAACGAUGUGGAGAGCAGUGCUGCGUCGAGCUGUUCAUCCCACUCCGAAACUACAGGUAAGGGCGCUUUCACGGCCGUGAUUCAUGCGCUCAGAUUAAUCGGCUUUAGUUCAGCUACAGCUUCAUGAUCAACAAUGAGGUUCCCUGGUAGUGUCGUUCUUCACUCCAUAUCGGCUAGCGAGACUUUAACACUUCGCCAUCCGCAUGAGCGUGAUAAUAGUUUCAUGCUCAAUUUUCUCUUCCAAAAUCUUCUAUCACAGUUCAAACAACGCCAGCACCUCCGUCUCGUACUCAACAAGUCCACAACAGAAAUACAGCUGCUUUCUCCCAGCAACAAGAUCAUACGCAGUACCGACAAAGAGGACAACCGUUGGUGGGCCAAGAAGAAUUGCAGAGGCUUCGAGCUGAGAAUGCCGAUUUGCGAAAGGAGCGAAACGCGGCGCAGGACAAACUGGAAAUAGCGGAAAAAAAGCUCGACAAGGCACAUGAGAAGCUUGAAGAGAAGCAGCAGAUGCUUUUUGAUGUGGGGGAAAAGAAAUCCCAGGUAGUGGCAGAGAAUCACAAGCAUGUUCUUAAAACGCUCAAGCUCGAGAAGAAGCUCGCGCGCGCCAGGGAAGACUUACAGGACGCGAGCGACGACCUUGCCAAAGAACGAGAAAAAUGGACGCCAGAGGGGGUUGCGAAGUGGCUGAAGAGGGUUGGUAGAAAGGAACCGCAGAAAAUGAUCACUCUUCCUCAGGUCGAGAAGCUUGCAGAGGCUGUGCAACGGCUGAGGAACCACUUUUGUAAUGGCGACGCGAGUUUCGUUGGCAGCGACGGGGCCUCCAUGCUCCUUGAGAAGUCGCUGGAGUCACCAGGCAGCAGCUCAGCCCAGAUGUCGAAUGCCGCGGGUGCGGGUGGAGAUGGCAGGAGCGGCAACAAGGCACGAGAGGCCGGCGAUUGCGGCUGUAGCUUUCUUCUUGAGACAUCCUCAUCAGACGAGUCCUCGCCACCCUCCGAGGGAGAGAGACGAGGAAAGCAGAGAUCCAGACGGGACGCCGUAGAGGUAGAGAUCAGCAGCUCCAGGAAUACAACCAGAACCAGGAAAAAAGACAAAAACAAGGAGAAAAAGCGCAGCAGGAUGUUGGGUGAGAGCGAAGACCAAGACACGGCAGGACGAAGCGAUCUUUAUGCGGAGAACGAGUACGAGAAAGCCAAAACCCAGAAGCGACAUCCCAUCAAGGAGCAUUCUCCCGAAACAUCUUUGCGAGUUCACUUCUCCGAUGUUGAAGAUAGUGAUGUUGAGCAGUGCUGAAUGUUAACUGAGAGUCGCUCCGCGCAAGCGCUCGACACACAUGGUAUCGAUGAUAUCCUCACCGAACAUCGUCCUCUUCCUCCUCACGUGUUGGCAGCACGCAUCGGACUGACAUUACCUCAUCAUGCGGAAAAAUGGAAAUAUCGAAGCCGUUUAUAUUCAUCAUGAUCUGCUUCUCUCCUCGAAUAAGAGCGAGCACUCAAUUAUG